AUGCCCAGCUGCACUUUUGCCUGCCGCCGAGCAGUGCAGCGCAAGCUUCCCCCAUCCUCCGAUACGAUAUGGAUAUCCGACGAUGCGUUACACCAUGCCUUCCAGCGGUUUGCCCUCCACUCGACCACCACAAAGCGCCAUGGCAGCUUUGUGCCAGGUCCCUUGGAGGCUCGAAGACGACUCGGAAAAAGACGAAUGGCGUACGCCUCUGAGCCUACCCCUACUUCUCCAUUCACAUUUGGAUCUCUGUGGAAUAUAUUUGGGGGGGAAGAUAGGACCAGUUUCCAGUGGGAGGCACCUACCACGCGCUCUCCAACGCCAGAAGCCUCAGUGGACGUGCCCGUGAGCCGGUUACCAAGAUCGACUGUUCAGUCUCCACCCACCGCAGCGAUGUAUGAGUUGGAAAGCAACACCAAGCCAAGCCAGAAGCCUCCUACGGACCUGGGAUUGGCUGCGAACCUCUCUCGUUUUCGAAGGGGUAUUCGGCGUCAGGGUAGUACAGUCCAUGUCAACAACUGCUGCCAAAAGUUCAAUAAACGACUCAGGCGAAAUUUCAGACAAGGAGAAGUUUCCGAUACCACUCUACAAGUCAUUGUUGGCCCAGCAGUAACAAACGAACUACGGGCGGUCUUAGCCGACCCAAUGUUGUCCGAACAGCAUCGCCUUGCGUUGUACCAGACAGUGUGGAACGGGAUGUCCACAAGCAAGACCAUUCAACUUGCGGACUUCGAUGGUGUUAUAUUGGACGAGCUCCUAUGUCGUCUAUCGGAACUGACGAUUACACCCGAAGUUUAUACGAUGGCAAGCAGCAUUAUUCGUUCCGCUUCUAUCGCUCAACACAACAGGAUGGGAGAUGGUCUACAUCAACUAAUAUAUGCCUGGGCGGAGUCUUGGCUUGACAAUCAAGAUCCGACGGAUGCCGAAUUAUGUUCAGUUGAUGCUGUCACAGCUGCCAACGCUGUCACUCGCGCAGAUCAUCGACUAUUGGAUCUGGACAGUUCAAUUGCCGCCCUACACGGCUGCCCAACAACAAACGUCGAUUUCGCUGAAGCCCGGAAAGACAUCCAAAAGGCUCGAGUUGACAUCCUUCGGGGUAUAAAUGCAUUUGGCGAAGCCAAGUAUAGCAUUUUUUCCUCAACCGAACGUUCUGCCAGAACUCUUACUGAGACUCUCGCGACUAUCACCAAGGACGAAGAUGUUUUAUGGAGUAUAAUCAAGCCAUGUUCCGAUGGUAUCGCCAAACUUUUGAAGGACACUCCCAAAGAAUCCACUUCAAAGCUACGGUAUCAUUGGCUAUCUUUGGUUGUAGACAUUACGCCUAAGCACGAAAACAACUUCGUAAGUGCAUGGCAGAUUUUGGAGUCAUCCGGAAGCCCACUUGAUGAAUCUCUCGCGGGUUCCAUUAUCCUAAGAUACUGGAUCAACCGAGGGGUUAUAAAACAUCCAUCUAUUUCCGAACGCACCUGGAAGGCAAAACCAAUUUGUCACCGAACGUUAUCCGGGCUAAUUGGUUUACUGGACAGUUAUCAGGAACUAUCUUGGUUCAACGUAUACGAGCUUGUUACAGUGCUAUUAAGGCUAGAUAAUCACACUCUCAUUCCCAGGGUCCUCCGUUCAGUACAGCGCUGUCGGUUGCAGCUCCCGGGGCCAGUAAUGGGCAAGAUUUUGCGUAAAUUGGCCCCCCAGAAUGCUCGAGCCGCGUACGAUGUUUUUCGCUUAUGGGGUGCAAGUGCCAGAGACGUGCGUCUCACUCGGUGCGGGCCGUUUAUCUUUUCGCUGAUCCAAGAUACCAAAUUUUCACCGGAUUUGAUCUGGGACAUGCUAAGAAUAUCUGAUUACGGAAACGUCCCGUUCUACGAGUGGCCCGGUUUCUCAAAUGAUCCCCACGACGGCCUAUCGCCCGCGAUGAACGGGCUUAUUCGGGAUAUGGCAUACGCAUUCGCACAAUCCAAAUUUCUAGCCCCGAGGACAGCGUUGAGAAAUGUCGAGCGUUGUUUUCUUUACUUGCGGAUACGCGGGGAAUCUAUAACACCGGAUAUGACCAGGGCCAUAUGCCAUGCUGCUCUCACUAGAGAAUUGCUCAAACAUGGCAGGGUUUCCCAAGAAAGAUUGGAAUGGGCUAUUUCCUGGAUUUAUCAGGUUGAAGGGAAACAGGUAGCAGAGGCUGUAGAUACGCUAGUGUAUCAUUGGAGAAUGUACCAUAUUCAGACCGCCCAGAGGAUAGAGCGAAGACAGCGAUCUUUGGAGGGCGAUUUUCAUUUUGGCAUCAUAGGCUAG